AAUAUCAUAACAUGUAAAUAUUAUGAAAAAUGUUGUCUAUUGUGUUAUUGAUUAUGUAGUAUCAUUGAGUGAGGAGUUCACUGUCCAGCUUAUAUUCAUUAUUUGUGAUUGUCUGGAAAUAUUUAAAGAAUUUGAGGUUUAAACGAAAGAUAUACAUACGUAUACAUUUUGCUUGCAUUUGAAUAAACAAAAUUAUUAAAAUAUUUAUAAAUUAUAUAAAAUUUCAAAAUGCUUCGAAUAUCUACCAAUACCUUAAUUAAAAGACAAAUACAUGGAAAUGCAGAAAUAGUAAAAAAUUGUAAGGAAAUCAGAAAUCGCAAUCCACGAAAUUUAGAACGUUUAAGAAUCGCAAGGAAACCUAUAGGAUAUGCUCUUGAUAAACAUGAAUGUGGAUAUUGGCAUAAGUUGGUUGUACGUACCUCUCAACGUCAUGUUACAGCAGAAAUAUGUCAUUUUGAAAAUGGUCCAAUUAUCACAAUAUCAAGUAAAGAUUGGGGAUUGAAAAAACAAUUAUAUAGCACAAAUGAUUAUAUAGCAUAUAAGUUUGUGGGACGUAUGCUUGCACAACGUUGCUUAGAAAGUGGUAUAUCUGAAAUUUAUUUGAAUAAAACUUCUUUAGUUAUUGGAAAGAAGGUACAAUCACUAAUCGAUACACUGUUAGAAAGUGGAAUUUGCUUACAAGAACCAGAAGAGUAUAAACACCCAAGACCUGGGACCAUGAAUUAUCCAGAGAAACCUUGGGAAACAUAUGAAUAGUAUUCAAUCUUUUGAAGUUAGGAAAAAAUUUGAGGAAGGAUAUUCAAAAACAUAUUGUCUAUUUUAGUAUUAUCUGUCUUUAUUAUUUAAGCACUUCUUUUAAUUGGAAUAUGCAAAUUUAUACAGCAUACAUUAUAUAAAGAUAGCAAUAAAUAAUCAUGUUAAUAUUAAAUAAAAUUUAAUUUAUGACAAAUACAAUAAACCUACUGUGCUCAAUAAUAUUAAAUAUGUAUAAGUGUGCAGGAUUUAUCAUUACUACACUAGUAACUAUAAACUAAAUUAAUACUACAUAUUAGGCUGACUUAUUUUGCAUGCUAAUAAAAAUAUUUCUUUACAAAUAUAAUACUGUAUUAAUAAUUGUAUCAUAAUUGUAGAUAACAAAAUAUCUAAAUAGUUCAGAAAAUUUAUGAAGUCUUUUAUUUUGUUUUUCUUUUUAAUUUAUGAAGUCUUUUAUUUUGUUUUUCUUUUUAAUUUAUGAAAUCACAGACUGUGAGUCAUUUAUAAAACUUAAUUUGGUUGAGUUAACUUCAUAAAUAACUACAUAGACAUUUAUAGCUUUUAUUUUUGUUACUGGAUUUUGUAAAGUGCACUUAUAUUUAUUGAGACUCUG